AUGUUCCGCCACAUUUUCAACCACAAGGUCCCGUACCCUCGUCCCAUCGGCUUCACCGUUCCCGAAAAGGGAACAUACACAGGCCUCGACUCAAUCGCGGCCCACGGCCUCGGCACCGCACAGUCCCCCGAGCGGACGGGACGGGUCCGCUGCGUGGCCAUCAGACAACAAGAGCAACUGUACAAGGACCUCAAACAACUCCAAAGGGACCAGGCGCUCGAUCACGCAAAUCUGGAUCAUCACUACGCCAUGAAGAUGCAGGAUGCGACGGCGCAGUAUCGGUCGAACCUGCGCUGUCUGGGGGGCGGCGUGUACUCGAAUGGGGAUGUGUUGUUGGCCAAGAGGCUUGCAAAGUGCCAUGGGAGGCGGAUCAAGGCUUUGCGGAAGGAGAGGGAGAGGAAUCGGAGGUGGUUGGAUUUGUGGUUUGAUGGGCGGGUUGUGAGGAUUAUGGGUUUGUUGAGGAGGGAGUGGGAGAUGUGUGGUUCUUGUGCGGGGUUUCCGUACUGGGGAGAUGGGGCGCGUGGAGGUGUUGUAGGUUUUGGAAUGGAUUUGUGA